UUAUAAAAAAGCAUAGUUAUCGAUGAAUAUGACACCAUGGCUACAUCAGCAGUACUACUCCUCUCAGCUCUCUUCCAAAUACUUCAUUUCUCUUCCGCCGCCGUGAAUGGAGGCUACUGGUUUCCAGAGGGAGGCUUGGCCGCCUCAGACAUAGACUCCACUCUCUUCACACACCUCUUCUGCGCAUUCGCCGACCUCAACCCCUCCACCAAUCAAAUCACCGUCUCCUCCGCAAACACACCCCUCUUCUCCCAGUUCACCGCAACCGUCCGAUCCAAAAAUCCAAACGUCAAAACCCUCCUCUCCAUCGGCGGCGGGACCGGCGGCGAGGCUUCCUUCUCCGCCAUGGCCAGCCAGCCCGCCUCUCGGCGCUCCUUCAUCGACUCCUCGAUCAGGCUGGCCCGCUCCUACGGCUUCUCGGGGCUCGAUCUGGACUGGGAGUAUCCGCGCACGGCCACGGACAUGGCCAAUCUGGGAACCCUGAUUUCGGAGUGGCGCCGCGCCGUCUCGGCCGAAGCCCGGGCAUCAGGGAGGGCCGCGCUUCUCCUCACCGCGGCGUUCUACGUCUCGUCCGAUCUCAACGGCGCAAUCUACCCGGCGCGGGCGAUCGACACGGGUUUGGACUUCGUGAACGUGAUGGCUUACGAUUUCUUCGAUCCGUCAUGGUACAAGUUCACGAACUCGCACGCGAUGCUGUACGACCCGGUGAACUGGGUCAGUGGCAGCAAGGGCAUCGCGGCUUGGAUUCAGGCAGGCGUGCGCGCGCAGAAGUUGGUUCUCGGCGUGCCAUUUUACGGCCACGCGUGGCGGCUGGCAAAUGCGAAUAACCACGGCGUUUUGGCGCCGGCAAACGGGGCUGCCGCUGAGGAUGGAAGUAAGUAUAGCCAGAUUAGGAGCUUCAUCCAGCGGAAUAAUGCGGCGGUGGUGUAUAAUUCGACGAUCGUGUCGAAUUAUUGCUACUCGGGAACUACGUGGAUCAGCUAUGACGAUAUUGAAUCCAUCGCUGCUAAGGUUUCGUAUGCUAAGCAGAGAGGGCUGCUUGGUUACUUCGCGUGGCACGUUGGUGCUGAUAGCGACUGGGCUCUCUCUAGACAAGCUAAAAAGUCGUGGGGAGCAUAAGAAAUCGCUUACUACUUCUCUGAUAUCCACACUCCUUUGGAAAUAAUGUAUUGUACUCCAUAAACAAAAUAAGGAAAUAUUUAUAUAUAUCCAAUCUCUAGGUUCUUCUAUUUUA